AUGACAUCGGAGUGGGAAAAAUCGUGUGAGAAUGAGAUUCUAGGACUCACAGAAGAGGAAGAAACUCCACAGUUUUCUGAGCAAAGAUCAACUGCCAUUUGGUUGAAAAGUUUGGAAGUUGGAAGAAAGGAAAAAAUUCAAACAUAUGAAUCUACAAUAUCGUCUCAAUCAAAAGAAAUAUCAAGUUUAGAUUCAUUAGCUCAUGUUUUAGGAAGCCAAGAGCAUUGUGGUCGUGUUCGCGGUCUAGGUUUGGGUCCUUGCCCAUCUAAAGUCUUUGGAGUCCAUGCUCGUUCUCAUUUUGGAUCAUCUUCAUCUACUCCUUCUAAUGUUGAAUUACAAGCUCAGGUAUCUUCAUUGACUUCUUCUAAUGUUAAAUUAGAAUCUCAGGUAUCUUCAUUGACAUCACAAGUCAAUGAAAUGAAGGCAAUGAUGACACUUUUGUUGCAAAAUCAUCAAGGUUCAUUGCCUUCACAGUUUGUAGUAUUUCAACGAUCAUCGGUAUCUGAUCAAGGGAGUGGGCCAAACAAUAGAUGUAAUGAAGAAGAAAAUUAGAUAUUGUUAUUGAAUAUUUUUAUGAGUCAUACUUUUAGUAUUGAACAUUUGUAUUGAACAUCUAUAUUGAACAUAUGUAAUGAACAUCUUUAUUUUUAAUUUUUAUGCAUGAACAAU